AUGGAGCGCACAUUGUUUAUCGACGUGUCGACGUUCAAAGAUUUUUCGGUUCAAAUCGAUAAGCAAUUUCGAUGUUCCGCGGGGAUCUGGCAACAAGCUGAUCAACUGAUGUUUUAAAGAAACGUGAAAAAAUCAACUCACUUCGAGACCUUUACUUCUUUUUUUAAUUUGUGCGCCUUUAUCCUGCGUCUUUUGCACGUUUUUUGUUUACUUCACUUUGUUCCUACAUCAUUAAUUAUUUGUCGCAUUAAAAGUUUACAUUUUGUGAAUGUUAGAUGAUACCCUGACUACUCGGUUUGUGAUCUUUGAAUUCGUAACCAUGUUUUUCAAAUAAUUUUCGAGCAAGGUUUUCUUGUCUUUUCAUUUCUUGGAGUUAUUUUGGUUUUCAUUCUGUAAGUUUGUUUUCAGAAAAUUCAUGUGACUUCGGCAGACACAUGACCAUAAAAUAUACACAUAUAAUUUUGUCGCAUGCGCGGAAAUUGUUGGAAAAAAUAGCUGUGAGCCAAUCGACUAUUUAAACUCCGCCCAUUUUCUAUUUCUCUCGUUUUCUCUUUUUUGCUCAAUGAGCCAAAAGACGCCCGCGUUUUCUUCUUUUUUUUAGAUUUCGAAAUUUUCUCUUUUUAUAUAUUUUAUUAUUGAUUGAUUUAUUUAUUAAUAACUUCGAGGCUUCUGUUAGUUCUCCGAAAUUCAUUUUAUGAACAAUUGUUUAAAAAAUGAUAGUCAGGUUUUGUUCAAAUAAAACCAUUUUAUGUUUACUGCUCUUCUCUUCAUUGAUUUUUUUUCGACUUCGAUCUACAAUUCAGUCUUGUUAGAUGUUAAAUAUAGAAUAUUUGCCCUUUUCUUUUGAUAAAAAUCCAAUCAUCAAUCAUAAGAAUAUUCGUCAUUUCCUGCUGGAAUUUCGGAAAACAAAAACAAAUGCAGAAUACUAUUGCGAAAUUUCGAAUUAAACUUUGAAAAGACUAGUUCAUCAGAAAAAUUUUCGAAUUUCAAAAUAUAUCUCAAGUUCAAUUUUUUAACUGAAAAGUUAGUAAAAGUGAUACAUUUUGCCUGACCGAUCAGUCAUGUAUCAUCGAGGGGCGUCUAUGUCUAAUUCUCUCACUCUCUCUCUUUUCAUUUCCUCUCCCACUUUUCGCACACUCACACAUUUUUUUCUUGCUUUAUUUCUUUAUUUCGUUUUUUUCGAUGUUCGAUUAGAUCAAUUUUGUUUUCAGUUUUUUGAGCAAAAACAUUAUUUUGUUUUUCCAAAGCUUCAAGAUUUUCUCAUCGAUUUUUGAGGAUAAAAGAAAGAUAGAGAUCAUUGUUCGUAGCGUCUGUUGUUUUUAGAAGUACUAUUAAAGUUCACCGAGAUAAGUUCAACACAACUUGUUUUGAUUCAAAAGCAUUCUAAUCGUUCAAAUAAUAUUGACGAGCUCUAAAUAAAUUUUAAUCGAUAAACUAGCUCACGUAAAUUAGAUAGCACCAUUUUGUGAAUUUUAAUUUAUAACGAAAUUGUGAGUUAUUUAAUAUUUUCGAAAAAAAACUAAUUUUCUUGAUAACUUUAGUUCAUUUUCUUUGUCUUUUUUAUUUCUGAGCAGUCACAUUUUUUAUUUUUAGUCUGUUGAACAAAGAGCUGACAUCUUAUCAAUAAUUAUCAUGUCCAUCUCAUUUUUUCGUUCUUCGAUUACCCUUUUUUACUGAUUAUCAUUUCAUUGAAAUAACCUUUUUCUUUCAGUGUCAGAUCCUUUUUUCGGAUUUGAUUCGUACUUCGUGUAACUUCAGCAAUCUUCAUUUUUCCGUCCCGUACACUCCGAGGGAGAGAGUGUGCAUGGACAUUACAUCGAACUGUCCCCAAUUUAUUACCGAAGAUUCCUUGCGCCGAGGAGUCUAACGAAUCUUCCAUACCGCCCUUAAGCGGCUGCGUAAGUUUAUUUUUAAAUUCAUUCAUUUUGGGAAAAUUAUUUGAAUUUUUCAGGAGGUCGAGCAAUUAGCACUUGCCGAAAUAUACGCAGAACCGCAACUUCGAGCUAGCCAAGUUCAUCUCGACAAGAACGCCGAACCACCUUGGGAUCCAGAUCCGAUUGCCUGAGGUUUGUAUUUUUAUUUUCAGUAUUUCAUACCUCUUAUAAAAUCUCCAAAUAAUUUCAGAUUCUAAAUUCCUUGUCGAUUUCUUCAAUUAUAUUUGACAUUCCUUUUCUUCUUUCUAUUAAUUUCAAUUGAACCGUUUUAAUUUUAAACGGUUUUAAAACUUAAUUUUUCAAUUAUUUCUAUAACCGGCAAAAUUUCACCGGUAAACUCUUCAUCACCUGCUCGCCUUUGCCCCCCUGACGUUGUAUCUUGGAAAUCGCGUGAAGAAUUAGCAUCGCGAAUUUCGGGAAAUCGUCACAUUCCGCCAUAAUUUGAUAACUCCCCGAUUAUAUAGUUUCGAAUACAAAACAAAACCUAUAAGUGAGUUUAAUCUAAAGAUUUAUUCAUAAAUUAUAUGGAUUUUUUUUGUAGAUUUGAUGGUUCGACAUCGUCUUCCUUCAUCAUCUUAUUAUACGCCAGCUGGCGAAUCAGAAUGGUCGAGAGAAUCAUUUGGUGAUCAAUCGAUUGCUGUUCUUCCUGGUGAAUAUCGUGAUCCAGUUGAAAUGGCUCGACAUGUUGCUGGUCAUUUAAAUGAUUCUCAACAACCAUUCUUUGUGAUGGAUGUCACUGCAGUUCAACAAAAACUCGAAGCUCUUCGUGUUAUUUGUCCAAGAAUUCGUGCCACUUAUUCAGUUGCUUGUAAUGGCGAUCCUGUUUUGGCUAGAAUUUUGGCAAAUAAUGAAGAUGUCAAUUUCGAAGUUGCCAAUACCACCGAACUUGAAAUGGUUAGUUUUUCAAACUUUUUAUUUAUCUAUUUUUAUUUGUUUUAUUUUUCAAGGCUUCCGCACAUAUUGAACCAUCCAGAAUUGUGCUUCGUUCACAACUUCUUACUCGAAAAACUAUUAGACAAACCACUGAAUUUGGAUGUGGAACAAUUGUUAUCGAAACUGAAAAACAACUUCAAGAUGUUUUUUCAUCUGCUCCACUUUCUGAGUUAGUUUUUUUCCCGAAAUAUUUUUGAAACAUCAUUAAUAUUCAAAUUUUCAGAAUUUUGAUUGCUAUCAACUUACAAUAUUCCAAUGCUGAAAUUCCAUUUGGAUGCCAAAUUGAGGAAUUUGAACAACUUAUUGAAUUAGCUCAUUUGAUUGGAGCAAAAGUUACAGGAAUUCAGUAAGUUAUCAAAUAUUUCACAGCAAUUACCAUAUGAUUAUUUUUUAGUCUUGAAUUGGGAUCAAAUUCAACAUUGUCCGAUUAUUGUAAUAUGAUACAUGAUGCUCAUAAUAUUUUUGAAUUGGCUUCAAGAAAAUAUGUUGACUUGAGAAAGUUAUCUUUCGGAAGUUUUGUUAUUCCAACAAAUAAUGAGCAAGAUUUAGUUAUGGUAAGUUUCUAGAUAAAAAUUCAAAAAUAAGUAUAUGUAUUUUAUUUUAGUUCUGCUCAACGAUAAACCGAACCAUAAGUUAUUAUUUUGAUGAAAAGGUUGAUGUGAGUGCAAAUGUUGGCUGUUUUUUGGUUACAAAUGCAUUUACUCUUUGUACUAAUGUCAUUGGAAAACAACAAAUGGAUGCAAAGUUCAUAACCAAUGAUGGUAAGGUUUCUUUUUGUUUCUAAACGAAUAUUGAAAAAAUUUUCAGAUUUUGAUGAUGGUGUUGGCUUUGUUUAUCAAACAAAUGAUGGUGUUUAUGGUUCUUUUGGUUGUCGUCAAAUGAAUAUCAAUCCAUUUUGUAAACCACUCGAUCCAUCUUUAAACGAUGAACCACUUCAUUUUGGAACAAUUAUUGGACCAAGUUUGGAUCAAAUCGAUAUCGCACAAAAUUUGACAAAAUGCCGUCAACUUCGCGUUGGAGAAUGGCUUGUUUGGGAAAAAAUGGGAGCAUUUACGAUUCCAGUUGAUAGUGAAUAUCCAGUUCCACCAGUUUAUUAUUAUUCACGUAAAGAAUGUUGGCAAAAAUUGGUUGAAAAAGACGAACAACGUCGUUCACCAUCACCUGGAUUUGAUGAUAUCGGAAGUGAUUGCGGUGAUUCAACUUCUUCUGGAGACGAUGAUUCUAUGUUUGGUUCCAACAUGUUUCUCAAUUUAUAA